CGUGCGGACAACAGGGGCGACGCUUCCAGCAGAGGCAGCGCUCUGAGAACGAGCAGGACUACUCGGUCUUCUGCGGCAUUGACGAGUACUCGUGUAGGAGCACGCCGUACAUUUGCAUACCCGCCGCGAGGUACCAGGAUGGCUACAUGGACUGCGCAGACGGCUCCGACGAGAGAAGUCCCUUCAGCAUAAUUAUUAAACAUGUGUCGUCACAAAAAUGGUUCGCUGCCCUCCUGUCCAUGAACAUAGUCAAGGUGGACAACGGAAUCUAUUCGCCAAACGCCCCACGUCCGCCCGUUCGUCCUGGUACCCCACGGACAAGACCAACCACGACGACAACAACUACUAGACAACCAGUAGUAGUUACGGUCAGGCCGAUUGAUAUUCGCGUUGAGGUCAACAGAACUGUGGUACCAACCCAACCACCUUUCACGCGCACCUCUGUGGUAACACAGAGGCCAGGACCCAUUCUUAUCACGCUGCCUGUUAAGAUCCCGGGUACAACGACCACGACGACGACGACGACCACAACAACAUCCGCACCGACGACCGAGGGCUACAUUGAAGAGGUCGUGACCUUGGGAGUAUUCCCUACUCCCCGACCACCCGUGCGCCCGCAGUCACCGCUAACACGCGUGACGAUCGGCGGUACAACUGCAGGCCCAGGCAGGCCAGUGACUCCACGCGCGACAGAGGGUACGACGCAGGAAACCACGACGACAACCACGGAGACGCCGUCAACUAUACCCACGACUACGCAGGAGGUUAUUCUGCCGCCAAUCGCUACCGUACGACCACAGGUAAUCGGCUGCACGACGAACGCCGACUGUCACGACGAGCUGAACGAAUAUUGUUUAGAACUACAGAGAACGGGUCGCUUCUACUGCACCUGUAAGCCAGGCUAUUCGCGCACCGACCCCAAGGAGAGAUGCAUGGGUGUCAGUCAGUACAUAAUACUACUGAAGGUCGUCAGACAGAACGUGACGCCACUAGUAUACACGGCCGAACUCAGCAAUCCCGACUCUCCUCAUUACAAUCGACUCAUCUACGAGUACGAAAUCGGGAAAAAGACAUUCAUCCCGACUUCACGAUUCAUGGCAGUCGGCAAGCAUUCAUCGCUGAAGGUGGUAGAAUCACGAUAA